CCCUGUGUGUAGUAUGCCAGAGCAGAAAAGCUCUCAGCUAGACAUGGCGGCGGAUCCUAAGCCGGACUGGCUCUCCUGCCUUCCCUCUUCUUGGAGUUAUGGGGUGACUCGGGAUGGACGCAUAUUCUUCAUCAACGAAGAAGCAAAGAGUUCAACCUGGUUGCAUCCUGUUACUGGGGAAGCUGUUAUCACUGGGCACAGGAAAACUCCAGAUUUACCAACAGGAUGGGAGGAAGGAUACACAUUCGAGGGAGCUCGCUGCUUCAUCAAUCACAAUGAGCGAAAGGUGACCUGUAAGCAUCCAGUGUCAGGCAUCCCCUCCCAAGACAACUGCAUCUUUGUCGUAAAUGAACACAUGAAUUGUGGAAAGCUUGUCCACCCUGACAAGCCCCUAGAGGCUCUCACCAGGCCGCCUCUUAAGGCUUCAUCAGAGCAGGGUAGCAGCAGUGACAAGAAGGAACGCCCCAUGAGCACCAUGAGUGAGGCAUCAAACUACACAGGUGGCUCCGACUACAGCACCUUUCCUGGCAGCCCAGCCACUACUGUCAAUACAGCCACCACCACCUCCACUUCAUCUACACGGCCCUCUCGGUCUUCCAAAAAAGUACACAACUUUGGAAAGAGGUCCAACUCCAUCAAGAGGAACCCCAAUGCCCCAGUGAUCAAGAGCAACUGGCUUUACAAACAGGACAGCACAGGCAUGAAGCUGUGGAAGAAGAGGUGGUUUGUUCUGUCUGACAUGUGCCUCUUCUACUACCGAGAUGAGAAAGAGGAUAGCAUCCUGGGAAGUAUACUACUUCCCAGUUUUCACAUCUCCAUGCUGUCGGUGGAUGACCACAUCAGCAAGAAAUAUGCCUUCAAGGCCACUCACCCCAACAUGCGGACAUAUUAUUUCUGUACUGACACAGCCAAAGAAAUGGAAUCCUGGAUGAAAGUCAUGACUGAUGCUGCCCUUGUCCACACUGAACCAUCCAGGAGACUUGACAAGUUGAAAGUGGACCAGAGGACACCUCAAGAGUUGAACAACUUACUGAACCACAGAGCCCUAACGCGGCCCGAGAUCCAGAAUAAUGAACGCAACCGUGAGCCUGUGCGACAACAUUCACUAUCACGAGCUGAUGACAAACGGCAGAAAGAUGUAGAGAAACACAAUGGCCAGAGGGAGUGUGAGUACUACACCUUACAGAGAGAUGGAGAGAGGUUCUCCUUGAAAAAAGAUGGCAUGAGCUACACUGUUCAGAAGGACGGAGAGAGGUAUUCCCUCCACAAGGAUGGAGAGAAGUACCUGCUGCGAAAGGACAGAGAGAAAUCCUUCCUGCAGAAAGAUGGAGAGGUAUGCGCCAUUCACAAGGAUCUAGAGAAGUACACUGUUCAGAAAGUGGAUGAAAAGUACACAGUGAUGCAGACAGAGGACAAAUACGCUCCAUCUAAAGAUGGAGAGAAGUACUUGCUCAUGAAGGAUGGAGAAAAAUAUGCACUGCAGAAAGUAGGAGACAGGCACACACUCCAGAAAGAUGGACAAAAAUAUGUUCCUCAAAAGGAGGUGAAGAGACAGCCCUCACUAAAAGAGACAGACAGAUACAACACGAUAAGAGAGACUGGGAAUAAAUAUGGUACCAUACAAGUAGUGGACAAAUACGGCACUAUGAAGGAAGUGAAAAAAUACAGUACGCUACGAGAAGGGGAUAAAUAUGCUACUCUCGGAGACGUAGAAAAGUAUGCUACUGUCCGCGGCAGGGAUAAAUAUGCCUUCCAGAGAGACCCGAGUGCAGAGAGAGCUCUGAAUAAAAUCAGCAGCAUCAAGCUGCAGCCAGCUCAGGCUGCUGCUAUCACAGCAGCAGUGUCUGCAUCUCGCCAGGGCCAGUCCAACCUUAAUGUCCAAAAGCAGGUCAAUGGCUCAGGGUCCAGGUUGGGGGAGCAGACUGUGGACUGCAGUCCACCAGAGGUGGACAUCAGCCUGGCUGAUGGUCCAGGAAAACCCCCUGCUCCAGUCCAGGACCAAGAGAGGGGCCUGUCCAGGACCAACUCCAUGCAGCAGCUGGAACAUUGGGUCCGCACACAGAGAACAAGAGGACUGGACGAUGACACCAGGAGUAUUACAUCCUACCGGACGUUACCCAGGAACAUGCCCAGCCACCGUGCUCAGAUCGCGCCCUGCUACCCAGAGGGCUACCGCACGCUUCCACGGAACAGCGUGAUGAGGCCUGACAGCAUCUGCAGCGUGGCAGGCUCCGUGUAUGACCGGGCACUCCGUCCCGCCUCUACUGCCAUCGUCACCACAGCAGAGAAGAGGAGGUCGAUGAGGGACGACACCAUGUGGCAGCUGUAUGAGUGGCAGCAGAGACAAGCCUUCUCCAGGCAAAGUCUGGCUCAGCCAACAGCUGUGGGUCAUUUUGGCACGCUCCCCAGCACAAAGACUAUGGGCAACAUCUCUGAACACGCUAUAGCACACUCUAUCCCCACCUCACCAUCUCACGGCUCCCUGGCUCUCUACAGUACCUUCUCUCCUCCUCGCCAGCAGGUGGCUCACAACCCCAACAGCUCCCAUUCCGAGGUGUCCUCACCCAUCUUCAAGGGGGACAUGACGCUAGACCAUCGGCACAAGACACACCUCACCAAGUAUGGCUACCCACCUGCCCGACGAUCCCUCACGGCCAGUGUCCCUCCUCAGACAAUCACCCCACAGUCCCUGCAAGGCAAGACGCCCGAAGAGCUGACCCUGCUGCUGAUCAAGCUCCGACGGCAGCAGGCGGAGCUCAACAGCCUGCGGGAACACACAGUAGCUCAGCUAAUGGCCCUGGGUAUGGAGGGGCCCAACGCUAAGAUCAGCCCAGAGGAAUACAAAGACAGCUCCGUCAUUCAGCGCACAGAGGAGGCAGACAUCGAUACCAAGCUGAGCAAACUGUGUGAGCAGGACAAGGCAGUGAGGAUGCAGGAGGAGAAACUGCAGCAACUACACAGAGAGAAGCACACACUGGAGACGGCCCUGUUGUCUGCCAGUCAGGAGCUGAGUGAACAGAGCAGCUCCAAUGCUGCUGGAGUACAGAGCCUGGUCCAGCAGAGAGAUGUGCUGCAGAAUGGUCUGCUCAGCACCUGCAGAGAACUGUCCAGAGUCAGCACUGAGUUGGAGCGCUCCUGGAGGGAGUAUGACAAGUUGGGGGCAGAUGUCACUCUAGCCAAGUCUAACUUGCUGGAACAGCUGGAGGCUCUAGGCAGCCCACAGACAGAGCCUCCAAGCCAGCGGCACAUCCAGAUCCAGAAGGAGCUGUGGAGGAUCCAGGACGUGAUGGAGGCUCUAGCUAAAAACAAACCACAGCGGAGCACAGACAGCAGUUUUCCUGGUUCCAAACCACUCUCCAGUUUACAGAAGAAUGAGCAAGCUCCAGACUACCGACUAUAUAAAAGUGAGCCUGAGCUGACCACGGUGAAGGAAGAAGUGGACGAGGCCAACGGUGAGGACAAAGACAAGACAGAGACCUCGACUGAGAGUAAAGACACUACAGCCUCAAAAGUGCCCCCCUAUCCAGUGGGCAUCGUUCCUCCCAGGACCAAAUCUCCCAUGAGUCCUCCAGAGUCCUCCACCAUCGCAUCCUAUGUGACCCUGAGGAAGACUAAGAAGCCUGAAUCUAGAGCAGCCCGUCCCAGGAGUGCAGUAGAUCAGACUGGAUUUGGGGAGCGAGAGGUGGGGAGAACAAGGAUGAGUGUGGAAGAGCAGUUGGAGAGGAUGAGGAGAAACCAGCAGGCUGCAUCACUCCGAGAAAAGAAGAGAGAAGCCCCAUCCCGCUCACCCUCCUUCAGCAAAGACAACCCUUUUGUUAUCCUACAGGACAAUGACCCCAAACACACCUCCAGGCUAUGUAAGGGCUAUUUGACCAAGAAGGAGAGUGAUGGAGUGCUGCGUCAGAUGACUUGGCCUCCACAAUCACCUGACCUAAACCCAAUUGAGGUGGUUUGGGAUGAGUUGGACCACAGAGUGAACGCAAAACAGCAAGUGCUCAGCACCUCUGGGAGCUCCUUCAAGGCUGGUGGAAAACCAUUUCAGGAGGUGCAGAUCGCAGAGGAGGAGAAAAAUGACAAGUGUAAGGAAGUGCAGCAGGAUAGGGACGUGACCCUGCAGAAUGUGGAGCAGACCAACAGCAUAGAUAACGAGACGUGUGUGUUCCAGCUGUGUGAAAGCCAGAGGGUGGUGGUUCUGGACCUGCCUACGGAGCCUAAUUGUGUGGAGACUGUUAACUUCAAGCCUUUUGAUGAUGACAAAAGCAGAGAGCAAGAUCUGACCAGCUCGCCAACAAACACAACCACCGAAAACAGCCUCCAUACUCCUGAGCCUGAGACGCCAAGCCCAGAGCCUAGAGAGGAGAGACCAAGUGUGACACAUCAAUCCAGAGAGGAGAAGCUGGAGAGGAGCCUUGAUUCUUCCAGCCAGCUAACAGCAGACAACAAGAAACACAGCAACAACAACAACAACAUGUUGGCUUCACAGACAUUCACCUUGGUGAGCAGCGAUACAUGAAUGAUGCUGGCCUCAACAUCCACAGUGACGUCCUGAAAGCCCAAAUGUAGCCAGCCUGCACGAGCAUGCUCCAUGGCUUCCUGCGUUUACAACGGAACUACUUUUAUACUACUGUUACAUGCCCACAAGGAGACUGUGAAGAUGGCUGCUAACAGACUGGCAACAGACUGCCAUCACAUCAAGACAGAAAGAAAGGCAGAUAUGCUGUAUCUUCAGCUGCUGUUAGAUCUGUCUGUACUGAUAUGUCCCAGAGCAAAACACCAAUUCCACCAAUUCUAUGGAGUCAUAUUUGUCCCAAAACAUUUUUGCAUAAAAAUCACAUUGUGAAAUGGUUUAAUGAUUAGGAAAAUCACAAAUUAUUGUCUGUUUGACCUGAAAUACACCUGCACAGGCACAGGAAUGUUCUUUGGAGCCUUGAGAGUUGUAAAAUACAUCUGCCUCUAUGUAAGAUGAGUCACAUUUAUAAUUACAACAAAUCCUUUUUCUGGAUUUAAAUGACUCUCCAGCUGUGUGGUAACAGGCAGCCAUGCAAAGUCUAUUAUUCAAAAGGAAUUGGUAGACCAAGGAGGAUGGCUAACUCAGUAUGAACUGAUUUCUUAAUCUACAUGACUUUAUUAUAGUCAUCCCUACAGUCAAAAAAUAGGUCAUAGUUUAAUAAGGAGUGUUUAUCGUAAAGAGCUGGAGCAAUGUCUCUUUCAGCCACCUUUGUGUCUGUUUUGUGUCUUUUCAGAAAGGUUGAACUUGUUAAAAAAAUGUUUGUAGAGUUUUUUAUUGUCUGUGUAUUCAGUAGCGUUUUAAAUCUUAAUUAAGGGUACGUUUCCUGAACACAAACCCUGUUCUUCAGGAACACCCUGCUCCAUGUUCACAGUAAUGCAAAUGAACACCUGUUGGCUGUCCAGUACAACCACAGUCUGAUCUGUGGGCCACACGAGCAGUUUGGAUGAACUGUGACUACACAGGAGACAUAGCUGAGCAUCAUGUUAGCAGAGCAGCAGCAAGUUCAGUGCUCCGUCUAUGGCUAGACAGGAUGCAUUGAAUCUAGUACAUCUGCGUUUUGGCAGUGCUCAUAACCUGGCUGUAUCCCACCACCUCACUGAUCUCUUGCCAAGAAUUCUGUCUUUGAUGUGUAUUUGUAGUCUUGACAAGAUGAAUUGUACAAAUGGGGAGAACAUGUUCAGAGUCCUUGGUGGCAUUGCACUAAGUUGUACACGUGAGUCCACUAUCAGAAAGGUAGUUUCAGACACUGCUAAUUCAGUUUUAGAGAACGGCAGCCUUUUUGACUUAUCUUUGAAGUAGCCAGCUACUCCACAUGCUAAUCACAAUAUAAACUCAGAGUAGCAUGUGUCAGAAAUUGUAUUUAUCCUCCUAUCCAGUCAGGGUGAAUAAAAUGCAACAAAAAGGGUGAACCGUCAAUCCUGUUCUGUCUGUCUUUUUUUUUUUUUUUUUUUUUUUUUUUCGCUGUAGUUCAUACUUUUAUAGCUAUAAAUAUAUAGAAUUAAACCAUUUCACAAUCUUCACUGUAUGUACAACUUGUUUUGGAGGCAAUAUACCUCCAUGGAAAUGCGUUGCCAAAUACAUACACACACACACACAAUAUACAGAAGUUAUGAUACCCUACUAAGUAUUAAAGUCAGCUUAACAUAAUAAUUAUUGGAAUAUUCUUCUGAUCUGGAGGAGGGGAUAUUAGCUGUUACUGAGUUACUGGAGUGGAGGUGAGUGUAUGGCUGUAUAUAGGAGCACUUGAGAAGUCUCACCGCAGAUUGGCUAAGCACCAAAACUCAACACACAUGCAGUGCUUUACUUUAACCCUGAAGUGACCGCUGAUGCUCUUAGAGUUUGACCUGUUUUUGAUUCUUUGUGUUGAUUUGAGACCGGAGCCUCACUUCACUCUAUUAUUACAUUUUUUGCACCUGCAACACAACAGAUUAUAUACAUAUCUAUAUAUCUAUAUCUAUAUCUAUAUCUAUAUAUAUAUAUAUAUAUAUAUAUAUAUAUAUAUAUAUUGCAGAAGUUGUGAUCAUUUAAGUUGAGCAGACAGUCUGACUCUCCCGAAGUCUGUUGAUGACACACACAGUAUGUUAAUGUUUUGGUUUUGCAGUCUUUUUCAGUUGUAUCUCUUUUUGUUUCUGUCUUUUUGGUUUAUGUUGCUUAGAAGAUAUACAGUGACACGGCAAGGACAUGAGACACAUUAGACAUUUUGCAUUUGAAUCUGUCCUUGGUGGUGAAGAAUCAGAGAAUAGCACAUGUACGAAGCAAUAAGUAGGACUUUGGAGCUACAGGAUAUAAAUUAAUUUAAAAGAGCUGUAUAAACUGUAAAAAACAAAGAACACACAAAAAAAAACAAGAUAGCUUAAUUUAUGAAUUUAUGUACACACUGAAAAGAAGAACAAAUAUAACUAUGAGAGGUUAUUAUUAAUAUUAUUAGGGUAAAUUUGCAAAAAGUUCAUACUCCAUCUGUUUUAUAUCAUG